AUUUGUUCAAAGCUUUUACCAAAAUAUCUUUUGUUUAAAGAAAAUUUUAAAAUUAAAAUAUUUAUGUAUUUUAUAUGGUAUAUAUUUUAAUUUAAAUGAUAUAUAUAUAUAUAUUAGCUUAAUAUUAAUUAAAUGAGACUGUUUACUUAUAUGAUUUUGUAAUAAUUUGUAUCUUAUCAUAACAAAAACAUUUUAACUAAGAAUCACAAAAUAUUGAAUGUGAAACAUUUAACAGUUUUAGUAAUUUGUAGUCAUUUAAAAAAAUCAAAAUAUAACAUAUACAGAAAAAUCUAAAUUUUAUUAUAUGGUUAAUGUAGUUGUUUAAUUUAUUUUAUUAAUUUAAAAUUAAACAAAUAUGAUAGAGAAUACACUAACUUUUAUCAAAUAUUUAUUAUUCAAAAUCAUUAAUUUUCAUAGAUAUGCUUUAGCUACAUUAGGUAAUUCUGUAAUUUUUAUUUAAGGAAAUAAGGAAAGACAAUAAUAAUGAAUUUAUGGUUAGUUUAAUAAAAAGCUUAUUAUAUAUUUAGAUGAACCAAUAUCUCUAAGGACUUUAAGACUCAUUGUGGUGAUGACACAUGGCUAUCUCAAAUGUUAUAAUUUUUUUUUUAAUAUAUAGGGGAUUAACAUCAUCUCCAUCCAUUCACCAGACCUGGUAAAAGUCAUAGUAAUUAACAAGCAUAAAACAUAGAAGUUAUCUAGAGUAUAAAAUAUACAUCAAGGAACGUAAAGUAUUAUAAUGAUUUUUAUAUCAUGUGUUUCGAAGUUUCUACUAGAUAAUAGUAUUUUUAAAACAUUCAAAAUUAUAUGGAAAGAUUUGAAGAAAUUGUCUUGCAUUUUUAAUACUUCUAAAAUUGUGCAGCCAAAUCAAUAGUCUUAAAUUUACUUACAAAUGGACAUUUUUGUUAAUUUACGGCUCUAUGUUCUGACCCUUUCGCCAAAUUGACUUUGUAAAACAGAUUAAAAUAAAAUUACUACAAACAAGUGUGUAUUCGUUUGCCAAAAACUAUUUUCCAAGUGUUAACACUUGCCCAUAAAAUAACUCCAAUGUAAACAGUAAAGUGUACUAUAUAUAUCCUCGUUUGGAACCUACAAAAUCAUAUCCAACCAAGAAAAAAAAAGAAUAUGAAGAUCUCUUCUCAAACCUUAGUAUUCGUGACAAUAGCACUUGUUUUAGCUUUUGCAGUUCCUCUGAAAGCCCAAGACAGUCAACAAGAUUACCUUGAUGUGCACAAUCGUGCUCGCCGUGAUGUUGGUGUGGGUCCGAUAAGAUGGCAUGCUGAUGUGGCGGACUACGCCCGACGAUAUGCUCAGCAAAGGCGACGAGACUGUCGUCUCACUAAAUCAGGCGGGCGUUACGGCGAAAACUUGGCACGAAGCAGUGGUAAUCUUUCCGGAGCUGACGCAGUGAGGAUGUGGGUCAACGAGAAGAACGACUACUUCUACAAUUCGAACACUUGUCGUUCCGGAAAAGCAUGUGAUCACUAUAAGCAAGUUGUGUGGAGAAACUCGGUGCGGGUUGGAUGUGCCAAAGCCAGGUGUGACAAUGGUGGGACUUUCAUCAUUUGCUGCUAUGAUCCUCCUGGUAAUAUCGGGGGCCGUAGGCCUUUCUAAGAAUAUAUGUACGCAGAUGAAUAAAACAUGUCCAUAAAGGACGUACUUGUGUGUGUUUUUAUCUUUCAAAUAAUGAUUAUCAUCUACCAGAAUAUGGUGAUUACUUAACGUUCGGGUGUUUAUGGUUUGUAUAAUAUAUAUUUUGUAAUGGAAUAAUACAUUUAUAUAUAGUUGUUUUAUACGUACAAUUACAAAGAAAUACAUUGCAUGCGGACAUGCACGGUCACGUGAGUCUAUGACCUUCUUUCUGCCUUUUCAAUUAAAUAGACCUCGUCAAAAUUUCAUAAGACACAGACAAUGAAUAUUGAUGUAGCAUUUACAACUACUAGAACUAAUGCUGUCUAGAAAACAUGAGAUACCAAGUCUCGAAUGUUUAUCUGUACUAGGGGUAUAGCCCCCGCAAAAGCGCGAAGCUGAAGAUGUUCUUAAUGCGUUGUGUAAUUUUUGUGUACUGGAUUUUGUCAUCUGUUUUCUAAUAUUUUUUGUUGUCUAACUAUAAUGGUGAUGAAUGAAACAUUGAAAAUUAAUUAUACUUCUUAAUUAAAUUGAUAUAAGGAUAAUCAUCAAAAUCAUAUAUGUUGAUAUUUUCAUAUCUUAUCUUUGUAAUGAUUUUAUCGAUCAUUAGUAUUAUUAACGUUUUCAUGUUCAAAAGUUGAAGUUUUUUGGGGUUGGUUAAUGUGAAAUGAGUUAGUUGGUAGUUAUAUAAAAUAUGAGUUUAAUAUUUUUUGUAAAUUAUAUAAAAAAAUAAUUUAAUGGAGAUAAGACAAAAAGAUAUGUGUUUAUUAGUGUAACUUUCAUUCUGAAAUUAUUUUAUAUAUAUAUUGUUGUAAUUGAAAUGUAUAUGAGAUUCAUGGUAGAACGGAAUGGUUAGGGAUAAAUUUUUAUUAGUGAAAAAAUGUUAUGUUUUUAUUUUGUCUGAUGAUUAUAAUUUAUAACUAAAGUUUUAAGUAGUAUUGAAAUGAUAUUUUUUUUUGAUGAAAUUUUAAAUUUAUUGAUCAUCAGUGAAAAAGAAUAGUUAUGUACAAAUGACUAACGAUUUAAAAAGAUGAACAAGAAUCUUAAGCCCUAUGUAUGUGUUUUGUACCACUCUUGCAUAAGAUCUCUCAACCGUUGCUUCUCCCAAUAUCUGGUAGCUAAAAGCCGAUUACGAACAGUUUUAUCAAUGAUCUUUGCCAGUUGGUGAUGCUGUCUAGGUUUCUUGAGAUGCCUUCUAUCAUUUCUUUCCCUCCAGACCAUAUAUAUUGUAGCUUGAAACACUAACCUCAGUAGAAUGUAGCCAAGAUAGCCGAAACUAUGGGUUGUUAAGUGUUCGAGCGUGCUUCCCCAGUCAGGGUCAGGAGGUCUCCCCAACAACGUACCCACCACUUCAAUCCAAAACGUAUAGGUGUAAGGACAGGCGAAGAACAGAUGGUCCCUAGUCUCGUUUGGCUCUCCACAAAACAAACAUCCUUGCACCUGUCCCCAAGAGUAUAAGUAUUGAAAUGAUAUUGGAUAACUUAUAUUUGUACGAAACUAUUGAUCAAUGCAAAAAAUUGAAAUUAUGGCCGCAUGUGAUCCCUAGAAUAGUAAAUCUUCUGUAGGAAGUGAGAAAGUAUAUAUAUAUAUAUAUAUAUAUAUAUAUAUAUAUUAUUUUUUAAUCUCGGUGUGAUUUGUAUUCAAAAUAGUAGGAACUUCCAAAGUAAUGGUCUCUAAAGCAAGACCGCAAAGAUAUAAAAGGAAGGACCCCAUCGAGACCAAACUAAAGCUUAAAUGAAAAGAAAAAGAUCAUAAGAUCCCAUGCUUAAGUAGGAAGAGAUGUAGGUGCAGGUCCUCCAAGUAAAGAGCACUGCAGGUACUCAUAAGGAUCAAGGAAAUGGCAAGUAUUCAGUCACGCAAGAUAGGUGUCUCUUCAUGGAGCCAUUGGUUGAGCCAAAACGGUGGUCCUCUAGCUACAUAACACUGCUCUGGCGCAUCUAUUGCACUUUGGAGACAGUGUACGGAAUGAUCCAAAGGUUUAGCUUCGAGAGGUGUUCCUGAAAUACUGAAAUAAUAAUGUUUCAAACAUUUGUUUAUAUGAAAAAUAUAACAAAUUCUUUUCAUUUAAAACUUAUUAGCUUCUGUUGUUUUGAAUCUAGUACAUAAUUGCUAGGAUACUGAAGCAAGAGUAUGUAAGUUCAGAGCCACGAACCCUCUCUUAUCUCUGAUUACUGUUUGUAUAUGAGCACCGAUCCUUAUGAUAAACUCAAUCCCACUUUGAUUCAUGAAAUAGAAAGAUCCAAACAGCGAUAACGUUUACAAACGAAAAGGAUAAAAGGAAAAGCUGAAUAAGUGAAUAUCAGAUCAUGAUCUCAUGGCGAUCCGUGUCUGAAGAUUCAAUCACCAUCUCAUGGCGUCUCACACUUACAACAUCAUUCUACGUUAUUUAUUGUUGCUGAUGACUUACGCAAAGCCUCUGCCCUCUUCAGAGUCUCUGCUCUCCUUUAAUAUUUUAAUCUGCCACUGAAAGCCUCUGUCCCCUUCAGAGUCUCAGGCAAUUUGAACCUCUUCCGCUUUUAGAACCUUUCCCAUCUGUCUUCUGAACUUCUUUCUCAACCAAGUGACUGAGGAACCUAUCAGUAUCAGUAUGACAACUUCAUAGGCAAGACCAUUGACUGAACCUUGUGCCAGCUUACAAUCAUGUACAAUAAAUGAAUUUUACCUGCCAUCAGUUAGGAAGUGAUAAUCAAUACAUGCUGUAAUGAUCACCACAAAUGGAAUAUUCCAAAAACUGAAGGCAUGUGACAAGAAAUUUUGUACCUGAGACCAAAAGAAGACUAUACUCAGAACCAAAUUAUAUAUUAAAAGAGCCAAAUAAUUUUUUAGAUAAUCGCUAAUUAAGUAGUUCGCAUGCAAAAUUGAAGUACUUUUGGAUGACUUAGCCAGUGGAGGUUCCUGACCUGAAAAAAGGAGAUUAAGAACUACCAAACUUAUCAACAGCCAAGUUUAAAAAAUAAACAUGGAAGUCACUCAGGUAACAGAAGCAUGUACUCAUUAAUACAAAGAGGAAACAUGUGUGAUGAUUACCUCCUGAAGAACCUUGCUUAUCAAUCAGUUGACGACACUUUUUCAGGGGAGAUACUCGAUCGACUUCUUUUUCCUACACUAUUUGUGGUAUGAUGGUACUUAUAUAUAUGAUUAGACUGCAGUUUCUGAAACGAUUUGAGUGGAACUGAUUAGUAAACUUAGUAAUUAAUAGAAUUGAAUAUGUGGAUUGAAUAUUUUGAUAUGUGACACGGUAGAUGAGAUUUGGAUUGUUGGACUUUCAUUAACAACUGAUUAGAGAAGGUGAUGGGAUUGAGGAGGGAGGAAAAGUGAGAUGGAAUUUCAUCAUAAGAAACUGAACGACAUUGUUUAUAUGGGCCUUUUUAAGUUUUAUCAAUAGAUAAUAAUUUCGUUGACCCAUUUACAUUAAAAAAAUUGCUGACAUGCUAAAUAUGGCGAGGCCCAAUUAAAAAUAGAACAGAGAUCUAAUGUAGAAGUUCACUCGUUUAAAAAAAUAUAUAUAUGGGGUCUCCAAAAAUGCAUACACGUGGAUCCUCUCAGGAAAGUGGAAAGAAAAUUCGAAGCCCAUAACACAACACAAACUCGAAGUCCAUAACAGAACACAUAAAAAAAAAAAUUAAUAGCGGUAAGGCCCACGGACCUGCUGACGUGUCACUUCAGAAAAACUUCAACUGACUUAUUAUAUUAUAGAUUUAUAUUUGCGGUUGCUUUUAUAAAAAAGUCUAUAUGUUCAUCUAAUUUGAACUAUAACUUUCACACAUAUUAAGCAAAAAAAAAUGUUAAUUGUGGACGAAAAUGAAAGUUGUGUAGAACCGUUUCAGAAAUUUCUAUAGAUUUUAAGACUUAUGUAUGAGAUUACCAUUAACCCAAUAACUCUUUAUAUAUUACAAGGAAUCGACAAAAAGAUUUAACCCCAAACAAGGAGACUUCAUGAUUAACCCCGGUCUCUUAGCCGGUAUUCUUAACUUAUGAUUUAACAUUUUUUUUUUACACUUUUCAGCUAAGAUACGGCUCUUUUAUCUCUUAUUUAAGAGAUUGUUCUUAACUUUUCUUAGUUAAAAUCUAAGAAAAGCUAUGAACUGUUUCUUAGCCGAAGCUAAAAAUCCCACUUAAAAAACUAGGGUUAAUGAUGGUCUAAAGACAUAAACCUUUCUCAAUACUCUUACAAAAAACACAAUACUAAAAGGCACAUAUACUGAGCAAUUAGGCUAUCUACAUCAGCAAUUAUAAUCAACCAAUCACAACAUUUCAUUUUUUUUUCGCUUAAAAUUUACGUUUGGGCUUUAUUUGUUUGUAUCACAAUACUAAAAGGCAUAUAUACUGAGCAAUUAGGCUAUCCACAUCAGCAAUUAUAAUCAACCAAUCACAACAUUUCGUUUUUUUGGGCUUAAAGUUUACGUUUGGGCUUUAUUUGUUUGUAUUUGGGCUUUCUUUUCACUUAACCUAGAAACCUAAAACUAAGACCCAAACCUAAAUCUACAACGCAGAGAUGCUGAGGUUCUUCUCCACUGCCACUUCGUCUUCUCUCUUCUCCUCUACCACUUCGUCUUCUCCCUGUGAAACCAAUUCGAGUCACUUUUGAUCGAUCCAUCAGUACUCGACAAUCAAUUUCUUCUUUAUGGCUUCGUUUCAGCUCCCUUUUAUUCCUCCUUCUUUAUAUACUGCUAUCUUUCCUGUUUACAAAUCAAAACCCUAAAAACGCUUAAAUCUCGAUCCAUGGCGAUGAAACCAAUUGGGAAAUCAAUUGUCUCCUCCGAUUACGACGACAAAGUCAUGUUCUUCAAAGAUGUCUCACUGGUUCACCACAAAUCUCAGUUGCGGUUUCGGCUCAUCCAUUUCUGGGAGGCUUGGAACCCAGUGAAGAACACGCUUAUUGGCCUCGAGAUGCUGCUCAUCGACGAACAGGUACAGUGAUCUUCCCGAUUAUUUACUUGAAGACGUUCCUUGCCUAAUUAUUUAUGUUGUGUUUAUGUUAUUCUUCGCAGGGAACCGUUAUUUAAGGAUUCAUCUCCCCAGGACGUAUUGAAUAGUAUUUGCCUGAGAUGAAGCGAGGAUCUGUUUACAAACUCAACAACUUUUAUGGAUCCAGAAACAAAUCGGUGUUCCGGGUUUCUGAUCGUACCGCGACCGUGUCAUUCUCAUGGAACUCGGAACUGUCCGUUCUUCAAGGCUGUCACACUCCUUUUGAUGAAGACAGUUUCCGGUUUCAUUCGUAUGAAGAGUUUCAAGCUAAGUGUGAUCUCAAAGGCGACCUCUACGGUAAUCUCUGUAACUCGCCACAUGUUUUCUUAGUUGCGGUGCAUGAUGAUUAGAUGUAGUAUUUAGCAUUUCCUAAUGAAUGAAGUUAACGUUUUAAGAGUUUUUGGUUUUGCUUAGUCGUUCUCUGAAGUGGGUCUUGAAAGAAUCACAUUUUUAUGUAGAGGUCUUAGUCAUUCUCUAAAGUCAAGUCAGUCUUGAAAGAAUAAAAUUUUGAUGAAUGAAAUUCAUUUGUUCGGUUUGUAGCGUUAGGUAUCAGAACUUACUACCCUUGGCUCUUAGAUUUUAUUGAUCUGUUUAGUACGUUAAACUAUUUAUUUGGGUUAUGUAUUUAGUAUGAGUUUUUAGAGUUUUUUGUUUGUUUUGAACAUCCUCUGAAGUGAAUUGUAAAUAUUAUUGCAGAUUCGGUUUGUUAAGUUACAUGUUACAUUCCAUGAAUUUUUAUUAACCAUAUAACUCUCUUCAUGGACAUUGUAAUAGAUGUUGUUGGCCACAUGAAGUUGGUUAAUGGUCAGAGUAUCAUUGAGACCCCCGUUCUUGACGAAGUGGAGAUAGCAAAGGCGAGGCGUGUUCUGGUUCAUGUCCAAUCACAUGAGUAGGUUUUCAUUAUUUCUUAAACACAACUUCUCUUUACUCUUCUUAACCAUUCAUGAUCGUUUUUUCAAUGGACCUGUUAUGAAGUUAUAUCUUUGGGACCAGGCUGCAAGAGACUUCUGCAUAAAGUUUAAGUCGUAUGGAAAAACACCCACCGUGUUACUGGUCACGACCGUUAAUGCAAAGACUCUCGGAGGUUAAGAUUUUGUAUCUUUAAUAUAUGUUUCUUGCAGUUAGAUACUACUGCAGCAUGUGGUUUUUUUUUGGUACAAUAGGUACUCUUGCCCUGACUUCAAUGUCCUCCUCGCGUGUGUUUAUGACUACGAUGUCCAACCUACAAUAGAUUACUUCGGUAAAUAUUCUUCUGUUUUGCAUUUGCUCUUUGACUAAAUGAAGUGCCCGUGUUACCCAUUGCAGUGACUAAUUGAAUCAAUGAUUUCUACUCUGUCUCAGGUUGGGCUCUAAUCCAGCUAUUGAUGAGCAGGUUAAUGCAUAAGUGGUAACUAAACGUAAGACAAUGACUAUAGGGAAAAUAUUUUCCUACAUCAAGCAGGAACAUGCUAAGGUAAAACUCAAUCUAUAUAUCACUAAAAACUCAAUCUAUAUAUCUCUAAUUGCUGAGAGAAGCUUAUAUGCAUAUACACUCUUGCAGGAUGCCUUCUUUGAGUGCACGGCUACAAUCGAUGACGUCGUGCAUGGCUCUGCUUGGUACUACAUUGCAUGCAGUGGGUGCCAUACUAAAAGUUACCAAAGGCCCAACUUCUAUGAUUUGUACAAACAGCAAGUGUGGGAAGGUCAACGUGUCUGGAGUUGUGCAGUACCGUUCAAAGAUAUCUGUUUAUGACAACAGUGAGCAAGCUUUUUUGUACUACUUGGUUGAUGCUGGGAGUGAGUUAACUGGGAAGCCCGCAUCAGAGUUAGUUAGAAACUAUUUUGAGGUAAAUUUUCAUACGACAUUGUUCUGUAACGUAUUGGCAUGACACUGUUGUAUUUGAAUUUCAGAGUAACGCAGACCAAGAAGGUAACCAUGAGGCGCCUGUCCCGGAAGAUUUGAUCAGCACCAUCGGCCAAAGACAUAAGUUUUGUGUCAAAGUGACAGAGCUCAACUUAUCAGGCAAGACCCGGUCUCUUACUGUGACCAAGAACCUCCCUCUAGACAUCCCACCAGCAACAAAAUCCUUGGAAGGAAACCACACUACUGCAACUUCGGAGGAAACAUUCAAAAACUCUGGAUUCUGCAGAGGGGAGUAAGAGGACUUGUGACAUUGAUGACACAGAGAAAGCGAAACGCUAUAAGUGUGGGAACUAGAUCUUCCGUACGUUACUAAGACUUGCAUGGUUCGUUGCUGUUUAAGUGUUUGUUUUUUAGUUUCAUUACUCACUCUAUCUUUCCUUUCAGUUUGACUUUUCAGAGCUUUAUUUCUUUCCAACAUGUUACUGCUUUCAAUGAUUAUGAGUUACUAAACAUGUGUUAUGCAGUAUUACUCUGCUUUUAGCAUUACUCUACUUAGUUAAUUAUUUAGAAAUAUAUGCUGAUUACAAUUACAUAGGUUUGAGGAACAUAUAUGAACGGUAAGGCUUAUAGUCUGCAUAGUGUAAAUUAAAGUUGUGAUCAACAAGUAAUCCUUUUCAUAUUUUAACGUGAUUGGCAAUGCAUGAUUUCGAGAGAGAGUAAUAUUUUAAUAUGCAUGAUACUUUCAGUAAAUGGUCAGAGUAUAUAAGGCAAUAAAUCAUGCAAAGAAGGGAAAUGUUUGCAUGAUUUCGAUAUUUGCAUGACUUUAACUUAAUUCAAUAAAUGGGAAAUAUCUAAGUAUCUAAGUCAAUAAAUGGGAAAUAUUCCCCUCAAGCGUUAAGGUAAGAUUAUCACAGAGCCUUCCCUUUUUCUUCUACAAUCCGUUCUCUACAUAGAAACCGACCGAAAAAAAAAACCCAAAUAGUAGAUUCCCAAUUCAAAAUCAAUACUGAAACCACCAUAGGAACUGUCUACGAAACUCAAGCCGACGCAAUACACCGAAAGCCUGCGUAAGUGUUAAAAAUUCUUUUACAAUCCAACAAAAUACAAAACUUAAUCCAGCUAUUAAAUUGACAAUCGUUUUUUUGUAGGAUUGAAAUACAGAAAAAAUGGAGAACCCACCUCCUACACCCCCUUUGGAAACUGCAGCUACAAAAAUAUUUACAUCUGUAGAAGUAAUGUCUUUUAUAAAUGGAGUUGAAAAUAGUUCAUAUAUUAUGAGUAACCAUACUUAAUUCCACCCACACAACACUUAUAAUACAAAUGGCUGUCACCCAAUUUUUUUUUUCCAGCAAAAAAUUGGUCAACGAUGAUCAACUUAACAGUUUUUUUUAAGACAAAUUAAGGUGUUCUACAUUUUUAAAAACCUAUAAAGAGUUUUAGAGAUUCCGACAUUACCGGUAAUCCAAGGUAGAUGGUGUUUCACAGAUGGAUCCUGGAAAGAGAAUGAUGAUUUCUCUGGACAGGGAUGGUUCAGUACUUUAGCAGGUUUUGAAGGGCUGAUGGGGGCAAGAAAUGUUCGAGCUAGUCUAUCUCCUCUCCAUGCGGAGAUGGAAGCACUACUUUGGGCAAUGGAAUGUAUGAGGAACUUACGUCAAUUUCAGGUUACGUUUGCAACGGAUUGUUUUCAAUUGGUGAAGAUGGUUUCGGAACCAGAAGAAUGGCCAGCUUUUGCAAGUUAUUUAGAAGAUUUUAAAGUCCUGAAGGAAAGUUUUUCACGAUCAGAGAUUAUCCAUGUACCAAGAACGCAAAAUACAAAGGCGGAUACCCUAGCACGUCGUGCCAGGAAACAGCCGUCUUUCGUCGUUCACAUGGAUCAACAUCCUCCAGUUUGGUUUACAGAGUCUGUAUGAGUCUGUUUAUAUUGAUGACAAAAAAAUAAAAAUAAAGA